GUUCGUUACUGGAUUUAGCAACAUGUCUAUCAAAUUAAACGCUCUUUAUAGCGACUCAUACAUUGAUGUUAGUCAAUACAGAGACCAACAUUUUAAGGGCAACCGAUACGAACAAGAAAAACUACUCAAACAAAGCUGUACGCUAUACGUGGGAAACCUUUCAUUUUAUACAACAGAAGAGCAAGUCCAUGAGCUGUUCUCCAAAAGUGGCGAUGUGAAGAGAAUCAUCAUUGGCUUGGAUAAAGUGAAGAAAACAGCAUGUGGAUUCUGUUUUGUAGAAUAUUACACCCGUGCAGACGCUGAGCACGCGAUGAGGUUUAUAAAUGGCACUAGACUAGACGACAGGAUUAUCAGAACCGAUUGGGAUGCGGGGUUUAAAGAAGGGAGACAGUAUGGUCGCGGGAAAUCAGGUGGUCAGGUCAGAGAUGAAUAUAGGCAAGAUUACGACCCUGCCCGAGGUGGAUAUGGCAAAUUAGCUCAAUUGUAAAGAACACCAGAGACCCGUCAGAAAUUUUAAAUGACCAAUUUGGCUUUAAAAUGGACAGAAUGAAUUGGAAGACUUCUUUUUUUAAAUGGUAAUGUUAAGCGUUGAUUUAAAUGUUAGCUGUUGUUGCCUGAUGGAGACAUUCAGGAUUGGCUUACAUUCAUUUAGUUUAGAAAUGAGUAUGUUGUACAUAUAUU